CUGCCAGCUCUUUAUUCUAGGAGAGCAGCGGCUGUAUGCAGAAUUUGAGGCCAACUGCCUGGGCACUGAGGGGUACCCCAAGUGGCCAGGACCAACAUGGCAACUCCAACCUGACCCACAUUGCUCGGAGGCAAGAGGACAAUAAUGCAACCAGAUGGGAGACCUCUGUUUGAAGGCACUCUCCUCUGUCUGAAGGGCUGCCUGGUUCAAGGGCAAGAACCAGCAGAAGGACCAUCCAGCAGGGACCUUGAGGUUGUCUGCCUACAGUCAGCACCUGGACAGCAGACUGAGCAGGCAGACACACAGGUCACCUGGUCUUGGGCUUCUGCACCCUGCUCAGAGCUGACUAGAGUGCCAUUUUUGGAGGAAAGGAGGGCUAUGAAUGACAGUUUUCUCUCGUGCUAGUCCCACAACCUCUCUGCCCUGGUCUGAUGACAUACCCCGUUUCUUGUACAUGCCAUUCCCUGGUUGUGACAAAGAAACUGUUUGCAACUAUGCUGAACAAUGUUCUGCUGCCCAAGUAGCUCUCAGUGCAGCAUUUCACCCUGCAGUCAUGAAGACCAGCCGUCUGAAGCUGCUGUGCAUUCUGUCUUUCUUGCUGGCCUCAGGAGCUGGGCAAGGAUCUGCCAGUCUGCAUUGCUCGUUUGACUCCAUGGAGUCUGUCAUUUGCUCUUGGACCCCAAAGAAAAAUGUCACAGGCGCACCAUGCCAACUCACAGCUUCCGUCAACUAUGUGAAAAAAGCUCAGACGUGCCACCUGCAUGGUACAGACACCAGAAACUGUGAGCUGGUCCUUAAGCGCUACAGCUUGACCGUCUCAGAUGCCAUUGCCUUGGUCGUGUCUUGCCGUGUUGGAGAGGACUGGGAGAAUGUUCAGAAAGAGACGUUCAAGCCCUUUCAGAACAUUCAACUCAGGCCUCCCUGCAACUUGCAACUGCAAAGGACCAACAGGCAUGGCUACAAUUUGACCUGGAGCCUCUGUAUUCUCUCCCAUUAUAUCAGAGAAAACCUGAAGUACCAAGUGUGGUACAGAAUAAAACAUUCUAACAAGACCGACAAAAUCCUCAAUAUUGAUCAAGAUCAGAGAUGGCUCUUCCUUGAGAAUCUUCCUCCUGAUACAGAAUAUGAGGCGGCCGUUCGUGCAAAGGUACUAGAGGAUAUUUUCAAAAGCGUGUGGAGCAACUGGAGCAUGCCAGUAAUAUGGAGGACUGAUCCUGCAGCAUCAUCUUCAAGUGCCUACCUUCUACUUAUUCUGCCCAUUGUUGUAAGUGUGAUAAUCAUUGCCUGCAUCGUCAUUUUCUUUGAGGCCAGAUCUUCAGCAUUGAAACGUUUUAGGAACAUGCUGGACAGACAUUUGCCAAACCCAACAGAGUUCUUCCCAUCUCUCACUGCUGACCAUGAAGGAGACUUCCAGAAGUGGUUGUCCUCCCCAUCCACCAUCUCUUCCUUCCACAUUGCCACUGCAGCUCCAGAUGUCUCUGUGCUUGAGAUAAUGCAGAAGGGCUAUAAAGAACCACCUUUCCUCUUUACCAAGGAGUAUCUCAGGAAUACCAACACACCAGAGAAUAGUGGACAUUCCUCAUCCAGCCAUUAUACCAAUGGUGGCUAUUUUUUCUUCCACCAUCUUGACUCUGUCGAGAUUGAACCCUGCAAGGUGUACUUCACCUAUGACCCCGUUUCUCAAGGGAGCAGUGACAAUGAGGACGGUGACUCUUACAAAGUACUCUAUGAAACAGGAGACAGCAGCCAGCCACCACCGACCUGUGGCAACCUGGCAAACCAGGCACAUGGUGCUUCUCUGCAAGAAACAAAAGACUCAACCCAGACAGUGGGCGAUUGUUUAUUAGCUCUUCCAUCAAAGGAGAGCCUCCCCGCAGCAUCAACAGCAGAACACAAUUGCAAGAAAGAAGGGAGCGAGUCCAGAGGUCCACUCUACAAGUCUUUGGAACAAUAUUCCUCGAGCUGCCCAAGUGUUCUGGAGCAGUCCAGUGUCAAUAUAGCCCUCAAUAGUAAUAGAACAGAAAUGACCAGAAAUGGAGAUCCUCCAGAAAUGGAGAUCCAACUCAGCUUGGUGGAAAUUAACAGGCCUGCUGCUCUCCAGGAUGUGAUUCAAAAUCAAGGCCAAGGUAAUGAUCUCUGCAGAACAGUAUCCUCCAGUCAGCUCCCUAGUUCUUCUGAUGCCUACCUAUCCUUGAGGGAUCUCCAGUGCCAUUACAGCCAUCACUCAGCCUGAACUGUGCACAGGGAAGUCAUUUCUGAAAUCAAGAUUAUUGAACUGGAUUAAACCAUCAGUUUAGUUCAGGGAAAGGAAGAAUGGAAAAUUCUGUGGACUGCAGGGACUGCUGUCACCAUGGGAAUCAAGAAAGCAUGCUCAGAUCAGUUUAUGGGUUCAGAUAUUUCUUCUCCAGAAGAGACAAAUGUUCACUUGUCAACUCCAGCAUGUUUCCUCAGUCCAUCCUUUCAUGGUCUGAGCUGGCUUUGCUUUCUUUUGCUCAAGGAUACCUGUUCCAUCAUGAGCACCACUCACAGAACCCAUUCAUUCCUUAUCUCACAUGGCUCUCUGCUUUUCUUAGCAUGAAGUAAACUUGAAAACCCAAAUCUGAAGGGAAAAUCAGACAUACCAACAGCAAGACACAAAGAGAAUGAAUCAGAAGGAUGGUCUUCUGGGGUAUAGUUGUAACUUUUCUCCUUCCCUAACUACCACUCAAGUAUUCAUUCCUAGGAACAUAAGAAGCUGCUGUCAAGUUUUUAUGCCUCAAAUGGAAAUACAUGAACCUAAUAGCUUCUUGCUCAGGCAUCUAAUUGAAUUUUUGUGCUUUUGAUUUUAUGGCUUUGUAUAUUACUGCUACUACAAGACAUUAGGAUUAUGUUUUCCAAAAGCAAAAGAGCCCCAUAUCUCUGUGACACCAUAAACUGGGGGUGAGGAACUGGGGUUUCGGGGGCAGUUGGACACUCUCAGAAUGCCCUGAGUAGCCACAAACCCUCCAUGGAAUUGCUGCCACUAGGUAGGGUUGCAAGGAUUUUAUUACAUUCGUUCAUUUUUUCUGUCUUUUGUGAAUUUGUUAGGUGCCUUCCUCUCAUCUACCCAUUGACAGAAGCUGUUUUUUUAAAAAAAAAAAAACAGUGUGUCAUUCCAUUUAUGCUAAUUCCUAUUAGCACUAAUCCACAUUAGUGGAUUCUAUGGAUGUGCAGACCAGUUUUUCAUUGCAGGAAGCAGGGAGAGAUUAGCACUUAUUGACAUUAGCACUAAUGGGAAUCAGUGCAAAUCUACCGCAAAGUGGGGGGGGGGGGGCGACAAUCCACAAGUUCGUGAAAUUGUUUUGACUCAGAAAAAGCUGGCCUGCUGCAAAAUUUGAAGGUCAGACCAACAGGCACCCAAACUCACCCAGCUCCACUGUGCUUGCCCAGCUCCACUAUAUCUCAGUGGUACCCUUACCACUGUAGCACCGCUGAGUCGAGCACUGUAAGCUGAUGCUGGGGGAGAGACACAAGAAGCAAGGCAGGCUGGAAGUGCACACCUUGCUUCCAAACAAAAUUGUGUUACAAGGAUGCUUUCCCUCUCUUAUUUUCAAGUAAAAUUUAUCCUUCGUUGUUGUGCCACUGAAUUGUGGUGGUGAGCGGUUGCUUUUUUGCCAGUGAAGAUGCAGUAGUGCAGAGGACUGUCAAAAAUUCAGAGGACCACAAGCAGCCCAGGGACGCCAGGUUGCCCUCAUUUUGAGGAACCAUUCCUGUUUACAGAACAGAGCAUUAGUACCACUGGAACCCUACUGGUGACAAUUUCCAGAGCUUACCUUCGGUUUGGUUUGCUGUGGAAUGAAGUCACUGGAGGAUUACCAGGGGUGUGUUGGCAUUUAUUUACAGAGAUACAGGCUGAGCAAAGCUGACAUAUGGCAUUAAACACUCAGAAAGGUGUCUAAAGUUCACUGUUCCUGCAUCAGAUUUGGGGAGAGUCACCCAAGAGAUGCUGCCAGAGCUCGAAUUCAGGUCCGCCUCUGAUGCUGCCUCUUAGCUUAUCCCACAAUAGAGUAUGGCUGGCCAGAUGAUGUGCUUUUCUUAGCUUCAGUUGGUGCUCAUGGUGGGUACAUAACCACUAGCACUGUUUCCUUGCUGUGCUUGAGCUUAGAUUGCUGCAAUAAGCUCAGUGCAACACUGCCUUUGAAAAGCUGCCUUUCAAAGGCACCAAGGCUUUGAAAAGGCUGCCUUUGAAAAAUGCUCUGAACCUUUCAAGAGGCUCUAGUUUCUACAUAUAAUGCCCCACAAAACCCGGGAGCAUCUUUUCCCAUAUGGCCCCUCUAGCGGACUUUCCAAUUCUGAAAUGAGUGUCUACCAGGACCUUUUUGGUUGUGGCUCCGGAGCUGUGGACUGCAUUCCCUUGAAAGGAUUGUUUACGUUCCUGUUUUGGACUCUAUUCCACCGGUCUUUGAAGAAUUAUCUGGAACCAACUGGUUUCUCUUGUCUUUUCUGUUCCAAGUUUGAUUUAAACUGUUUUAUAUUAUGUCGUUAUUUUACACACAAAACUGUAAAAACUGAAAGAAAGUUUCCUGCCCCCUUCUCCUUUAUAGGGGAUGGAGAAAUUUCACCAAACGGGGUGAAAUCCAAGCAGAAGUUAAGGAUGUGCAUGCUAGACAGCUUCCUAUCCGCCAUUAGCCCUCUGCUCCCCGCAUGCUUCAUCCUGCAUUAUUCAAGAGUCUUUCUCUGCUCUUCCCAGCAAGGCUUUGCAUGAGUUACAGAUUGUUGCAAGAAGGACAAAACACUUUCCUUAAGUUAACCUCUUAGGAUCCAAGCAGUUCUUAUCUAAAAAUUGCUCUGCAGCACCCCGAAAUAUCUGGUUCCCACACACCACACACAGGAUCUCCCUCUGAAGAUUCAGACAAGCUGCUAGGCCUUCUUAUUUCACCACAUUUUUAGUGUGGACUCAAGUUUUUCUCCCUGUUUGAUAGCAAUUCAUAUUAUCCAGAUGUUCAUUUUAGCAUAUGAAACUGAUUUUAGUAAUAUCAACUGUGUGGUUUCUUUUAAGUGAACAUCUUUGUGUUUUAUGGGCUGUAUCAUUAUUAUUUUUUGCAAGCUACUUUAGGUUUAUUUUAUUAAUAAAAGCAGGUUCUGCAUUUAAAAGUCCAUCAAGCAGUACAAUACUGGACCAGAGGAGAGGACCUCCAAGUGUUCCUUUCUGACUGUCACACAUUGCACCUACAGACAAGGUGCUAACUAGGUUAUAAUGUUAAUCUCUGUAUACAGUAUUUUAAAUUUUGAUGUAAGUUUCCUGGCUUGGGACUUAUUCUGGUACUGGGCAGUCAGCCACACCAGCCUGACUUACUUGAUUCCUGUAUCUUUCUGAACACUGUGUUGAAACUUUCUUAAGACUCAACUGCUGCUUUCCUACACCCUCUUACUUGAGAGUGAGUUCCACUGAACUCAAUGGGACUUGCUUCUCAGUAGGCUUUGAAUAAGUAGGGGUGUUUCAGCUCAUUCCCAAAGCCGCACAACUGGAAAAGUUCUGCAUUUUUCAAGUACGUAUUUUGAGCAUGUGAAUACAAACCCAGGAACCUGCAAACAUUUUGGAAGAAAACAUACUCUCAUUCAUGCUUAUACUCAGGAUUGCAAGCGGGGCAUUUUGCGUUAUUUGUGAAUUGAAACAAAAUUCUCCUACAUCCCUAUAUAGGACUAUAUUCUUAGGAACAAUGGAAGCUUCCCUCUAAGAGGUCAGACUUUGUUCAUGUUGACCAGCAUUAUUUACUUUCAUUAGCAGCAGCAUUCCAGAUCUUUGGCAAGGAUCUUUCUCAUCACUAGCUGCUUACCUAAUCCCUUUAAAUGGAGAGACCAGGAAUCAAACUUCUGCAAGUACUACUGUUCCUUCUUCUUGAAGGUCAAGCUUUUCAGAGGAUAAAUGAAGCAAAAGAAAAUGCCAGGGAGGCGCGAGUGUUGUUAACUGCUGAUCUACUGUAAUUCCUCAUCCACUUGAUUUUUUCAAAAAUUGACAAACUCUUACCACUGGAUUUUUGAAGUUAUUGUUAUGACGUUUUAAAUUAAUAUUAUUAUGUUGUAUUUUAUGCUGUUAACUACCUUGAGUUACCAGGCAAAAUGCAUUUUCUAAAAACAAUCAGAAUAUGGAUAAAUAUAAUCAUAGGACUAUGUAUGUAUAAGCUUUAAUGUAUACUGGGUACGUGAAAAAUUUUUACAAUAAAAAGGCUCUAA